AUGUCAGCUGAGUUGCUGGAUGUUGCACACCCCCCACUCAAGGAGCUGUGCUUCGUCCUUCAUCCCAGGUUGUACUCUGGUGGUGGGGACAACAGGGCUGAACCCCUGGGCAGAACCAGCUCCUACACACGUAGGGAAACCAGAUUGGCAGCGCUGAACAAGCAGGAAGACGACACCAGCCCCAGGGAUUACAAGAAGGUAAUGUAGAACCCAGAAGGGAAACAGAAGAUAUCUAUUUUUUAUCUCAACGAAACUAACCUGGUUAAAUAAACGUUAAAUAUACUGAACAAAAAUAUAAACGCAACAUGCAACAAUUUCAAAGAUUUUACUGAGUUACAGUUCAUUUAAGAAAAUCAGUCAAUUUAAAUAAAUUCAUUAGGCCCUAAUCUAUGGAUUUCACAUGACUGGGAAUACAGAUAUGCAUCUGUUGGUCACAGAUACCUUUAAAAAAAUGGGCCUCACAAUGGGCCUCACAGGAUCUCGUCACGGUAUUUCUGUGCAUUAAAAUUGCCAUUGAUAAAAUGCAAUUGUGUUCGUUGUCUGUAGCUUAUGCCUGCCCAUACCAUAACCCCACCACCACUCUGUUCACAACGUUGACAUCAGCAAACCGCUCGCCCACACAACGCCAUACAUGUGGUCUGCGGUAAAUAGAUGCCAUAUGUACAUUUGUUUUAUCCCACAUACAGUGCCAUCCAUGUUUUAAUCAGGAGAGAGUUGUGUAUGGGGAAAAAAGUGAUCAAUGUAAUACAUAACCACUUCUUGUUGAUUCACCUGACGCAGAGAUUACAGAGCUGACCUAUUGUGGGGAAAAUGUUAUCAUAUGACAAGGUACUGUAUCUUCAAGUGGCAUAAGCGUUAACCUUUUGAUUUGUCCUCUUUCAGAUGUAUGAAGACGCUUUGGCAGAGAAUGACAAGCUCAAGUCCCGGCUGGAUGACAGCAAACAGGAGCUGACCAAGAUCCGCACCCAGCUGGACAAAGUUACCCAGGUACAGUAUACUAGGAGUGGGUCUGAUUGGCUGAUGACUAUCAGGCAUACAAUAGAGUCCCUCCCCAAGCUCAAUACUGAGCACAACACUGAGACUGUCCUGCAUAGCCUUCUGUCGACCAUCUUAAUUAAGUUCAGUGUAGUUCACACGUCUCAACAGCAUGCAUAUAGCAUUUGAGCUAUACAUUGUUCAAGGCAACCGCAAGGUGCUUUGAAAACGGACCAGUGUAUCCCCUUCAAAGUUUUCAAAUUCUGUUUUAUUCUAUUUUAAGUCAACCCACUGCAUAUUUAUUUUUCACUUUGUGAUAACUGUGCCACUCUGUCUUACAGAAACAGGACAGAAUAUAUGAAAGAUCCACUGUACUUGAAUCAGAGAAAAGGGUAUCUAUAACGUGUUAUACAUCUUGAGGACUUCUCAACAUUCCAAUCCUGACACCUUGACAUCUACAUUUUCUACCACUCUCUUCUUUUUUUCUGAUCUCAGUCUCUUUUUUCAGAUAUUUUACUUACUUACUGUAGUGUGUUGGUGUCUGUCUGUUCAUUCCACUAUGGGCUCAUCAUCAUGUGUGGGAAUGAAAAAUAACUCUUAAUUUAACUUAACGUCCAUUAUGAUUCUGACCUGAACUACCUGCUAUAACAUUUCUCCUCCUCUCCUCAGGAAAAACAGGCUCUGGAGAAGAGGGUAACAGACAUGGAGGAAGAGCUCAAGGUAAGGUCUCCACUGCAACAGGGAGAGGUCACUACAUUGCCCUGCUUGGUUAUUAUAGGCAAACAGGUGAUGAUGAGGUUGAGGGAGAGAGAGAGAGAGAGAGAGAGAGAGAGAGAGAGAGAGAGAGAGAGAGAGAGAGAGAGAGAGAGAGAGAGAGAGAGAGAGAGAGAGAGAGAGAGAGAGAGAGAGGAGCAGGCCUGCUGUCUGUUGUUGGCUACACACUGACUGACCUAGAUCCAGCUGAAUACCAGGCUCCGUCCAAGAGCAAAGGACCUGCUUAUGUUAAGCAUUCCUUCACUAAUUGUGCAUAUUUAGCAUUUCGAAGAGCGACGGGCUGAAUAUAAUUAAUAUAAUUCAAGACUGAAUAGAUGUGAACCUUAAGCAAGUGCGAACCACUUCUAGCAAUAGCCAAAGGUUAUGAUGACAACUCAGUAUGUGACACAGAGAAGUGAGACGGAAGAUGGGAACAGAGUGUUUGACCCCAUGUUGUGACCUGGGGGACGGUGAGUGGUCUUGUCUGGGAGCCAAGGAGAAGUGAUUGACACCUGCCUGUCACCUCACCUCUUUAGAGACCUGGACAUGAACACAUGCCUGUGCACACAAACACACACAUUGCACACACACAUACACACACACACAUUGGCACACAUUAGAAGUAUGUAAAGUCAUAUCCCAGCAGGCAGGCUGCAACAUCAUUACAACCAGAAACUCGGUUGCUUUGACAUCAUUGCAACCGGUUUUGCCCACUGGGUUAGAGAUAUUAUACAGACAACCUUAUACAGACAUACUUUUCCUCUUUUCACAUAGGUCUGAUGCGAUUCUACAUAUUUAUUUUGCCAUAGUGUCUGUCCGAUGUUUUACAAUUCUGGUUACUCUAUGGCUCUCUAAUAUCCCACUGGGCACAGACGUCAAUUCACAGUUUAUUCCACUUUGGUUCAACGUAAUUCCAUUGAAAUGACGUGGAAACAACGUUGAUUCAACCAGGGUGUGCCCAGUGGGAUGGGUCUCUCUGGGAUAAUGGGCUAGGAUUAUUCCUGGCAGCCUCUGAAACUCCAGCACUGGCAAAAUGUGGGAAUUUAUCUAUAGGACUCAGCUCUGGUUAAAAAUCAAAGAGUUCAAGAGCAUUAAAACAUCAUGAGGAAUAAAUAAUUAAGCAUGCUCUCUCAAUCUCACCCCUCUGGCUACAUCCUCCUCUCUCUCCCCUCCUCUCUCUCUCCUCUCCUCUCCUCUCCUCUCCUUCCUCCUCUCCUCUCCUCUCCUCUCUCCACUCUCUCUCCUCUCCGCUUUCUCUCCUCCUCUCCCUCCUCUCUCUCCUCUCUCUCCUCUCCUCUCCUCUCCUCUCCUCUCCUCUCCUCUCCUCUCCUCUCCUCUCCUCUCCUCUCCUCUCUCCGUAAGUCUCAGUAAGUCUUUCACAGCACACUGUUCUGAAGAACCACUAUUGACAAGUUUCUCUUUGAGUGGAGAGGAGAGAGAAACAGAGUGGAGAGUAGAGAGGAGAGAGAGGAGAGGAGAGGAGAGAGAGAGUGGAGAGAGAAAGGGAGUGGAGAGGAGAGAGUGGAGAGUAGAGAGAGAGAGGUGGAAGAGUAGAGAGAGUGAGAGUGUGAAAGAGGUGGAGAGGAGAGAGAAGAGAGUGGAGUGGAGGGAGAGCGGAGUGUUGAGAGGAGAGAGGUGACGAGGAGAGAGAGAGAGAGAGAGAGAGAGAGAGAGAGAGAGAGAGAGAGAGGAGAGGAGAGGGAGAGGAGAGGAGAGAGAGAGAGAGAGAAACAGUCUGACAUAUCCAUGAAUUCUUCAGUCCGAGUAAAGGCAGACUUCAAAUGGUUCCCUGGGGUGUUAGCAGCUGGAUCUCCUCCAUCUCUUUUCUUCCUGGCCUUCCUCACUUCUCUUCUCUCUUUCUCUGUGUCCUUCUUCUCCUCACUGGGCUUCUCUCUUCUCUUUCUCCCCAGCUUUUCCCUUCCCUCCAGGCUCACCUUCAUUUCUUCCCUUUCUACCCAGCCUUCCUCUCCUCUCUGAGCCACACAGGGCUCAGUUUUCCUCUGUCUCUGUGUGUGCUGCCUCCUUGCCUCUCCACUAAACCGCACUGAGGUUUACCUCUAAAGCCUGCCAGGGAACCCAGGGAAAUUAAUAAUUUCCUUUUUCUAUGACCUAUAACUUAUUGGGCUCUCUGACUGAGGCUGAAAUUGAAGGUUAUAUUGAAAGUCCCCCACCCCCUUCUCACCCCAGCAUGACUGACAAGCUAUGUAAACCAUAUAGCACCUCCCCACCCACCGCCUUUUAAAACUGCCCAGGUUUGUAGAGAGCAAACUUAAGGAUAUCUCCCUGCUGCACUUUGCUUUUCUUUUGCAUAGCUGUCUCUUUUGCCGAUUCCUUUCUUGUUUCCUUUUACAGUAUCUCUUUGUGUCUCUUUGUGUGUGAAUGUUUGUGUGUGUGUGUGUGUGUUUAUAGCUCUGCCUCCUCCUUUCCACUGGCCUGUCCCCUUGCUCUCUUUCUUUCUAUCUCUCUAUCUCUCUGUAUUCCUGUGUUUACUGCAGGCCCUCCCUGAUCUGACUCAGCUGCAGGCACUGCGAAGCGGCAACGAGCGUCUGCUGGCUGAGAACAGGGCCAUGCUGCGUGUCCUCGCCCGCCUCUCCCAGAUGGCCUUCCUGCCUGAGACAGAGGACCUCUAACCCCCUGUCCCCCACGCCUCCACCUCUCUACCCCUCCUUGCUCUCCCCUCCCUGAGUCUUCAGCCACACCUCCUCUCAUCUGUCUUCCUUCUGGUUCUCUUGCUGCUGAACCUCCUUCCCUCCUCUCUGCUGCACUCUUCUCAGGCAGGUCCCCCCUCCUACUUCCCACUCUCACUCCUCCACCUUAAGGCCUCUCUCACUCAUGUGGCAUGCCUCUCUCUGACUCACUGUCCCAUAAGGCCAAUGAAGGGCAACCCCCUUAAACCCCUUCAUCUAUUAUUAGCUACAUCCAUGCUGCAUGAUUUACUAGGCUGUGUAAAGACCAGGACAGUAGUGGUGGCAGCCUGACGUUUCUCCAGUGGUUAUUAUUGCUACAGUAUAGUCAACAAGUCACUCAAUCAUCAGCUUGAACGAACCCAGAAACAGUCUGGACGCUGCUUCAGAGACUGCUGCAUGGCAAAGUGCUGAAGUCGCCAAGGAAACCUUGUAGGGAUUAAAAUGAUUGCAAUUUUCCAUUUCACAAAUUUGACAUUUUCAUUGUAUGCUCAUUCUUUUACCACAAUGUCCAAUGCAAAGUGGCUGAUAGGGAAUCUGACAUUUUAAACUAUUACGUUUGUCUCAAUCAUGUUGGAGUGGGAAUGGAAUGUGUGAUCUCAUUGGUAUCCGUCGACUCACUAAACCCUUUUCCUCUGGCCAAAAAACAUGUGCACAAUAGUGUGUGUGUACGCGUGUGCAUCGUCAAAAAUAAUGUAUGCAAUCACUAACUGUAAGUCGCUCUGGAUAAGAGCGUCUGCUAAAUGACUAAAAUGUAAAUGUAAUAAUACAUAACAAUAUGCUGCUAUUUAAUUGCGUUAACUGGAAUAGGCAGGAGUGGGGGGAUGAGUUCAUCAUUGUCUGUGUUGGUAGGCUUUUUCAGGCGAGCACAAAACGUUAUUGUUCACUGUCUGUGGGGGUUGGGGGAGAUUUUGACAAAGAUUGUGGUUAUUUUUAAUCAUUACUCAUGCUGUGGGAGGUGACCUAGAUUACGGAAGCUGACUGCCUUGCAUCUCUCUCUCUCUCUUUCGGUUCGCAGUUUUCACAUAGAACCAUACGCCAAAUCAUGUCCCAACCUUUUCCACGAUCAUACUGUACCCGCAUGCUCUCAUUGCUUUACAUCAUAUUUUGCUGAAAGCCUGCCUUUUGUCCACCCUUUGCUUGUAGUGACUGUAGAGAUUGUAGUGUUCAAUAAUUUAGCAAUGAGUUCCUGGUGAUUAAAUAUUGCAUAUCAUUCUUACUUUGCCUGAAAAUGAUAAACAAUGUGUAUAUAAUGUGUCUGUCAAUGUCCCUUAAAUAAGAAGGACCAUAGACAAAGGACAAGGCAGGGUCACUUGCACAUAUUUCUGUCUACAGGACAGUAUGUGUCACCACUGUUCCUUGUAGUGAACUAGCUACCAUGACAACAUAAUGCUGCUCUCUCUGUUCCUGUAGGUCUUGACAGAGCUUAAAUCAGACAACCAGAGACUGAAGGACGAGAACGGGGCUCUGAUCCGUGUCAUCAGCAAGCUGUCCAAGUAA